AUGUUACAGGAAAUCAGUGAGCACGGCUCGGAAGAGGAAGAUGACAGUCUGUCUGCGAUUACCUACGACUCAGACUUGGAGAUGAAAUCCCCAAAGAAAACUUUUCAGAAAUGUCCACCGGGAUCACCAAAGUCCCCCUGUUACACUAAGUCUAAACAGAUCGCUUCUUGGAGGAGCGUGAAGGCAGCCGGGACAAAGCCUUUCAGUGGCAGGAUGGCUUUAACCCCUCAGAAGCUAAUGCUCAGACCUUCCAAACAAAGUCCUGGGGCCCCUGCUUAUAAAGAGAAGGAAGCCAUAUAUGAUGAGAUCAGUGAAUUGAAGAAGUCAUUACACUCUCAGAAAGGUGAUGUGGAUUUUAUGAAAACAAAACUUCGGCAAUUAGAAGAGAGCAACAAAAAGCACCAAAAUAUGGAUCACCUCCUGGAUCCUAAUCAAGACUCUGAUUCUGUCUGGAAUGUGAUUGACAAGAGCUCCGGUUCUGGCUGGAUCAUCCACGGACUGAAGCAGAGGAUUAUCAGGUUGGAACAGCAGUGCAAGGAAAAGGACAGUACUAUCACGAAACUGCAGACAGAUAUGAAGAUGACAAAUCUGGAAGAAAUGAGGAUCGCCGUGGAUACUUACUCUGAGGAGAUCCACCGUCUCCAGGUUCUCGUGGCAGACACUGACGAGACAGAAAGGAAGUCCCCGACCGACAAGAAGUCAGCUCAGAGAAGGCAGAAGAAGCUCAGGGCUGCUGUCCUGUACUUGUCCAGAACUGUUCAAGAACUUCAGGAAGAGAACCGAAGCUUAAAGGAAGAUCUGGACCGGGUGUUGAGCAACUCCCCUAUUGUUAACAAAGCCAAAAGUUACAGUGAAUGGAGCAAACAGAGGCUCAUGAGACGUGUCUCAGAGCUAGAAAAGAGAGUGGGUGAGCUCGAGAACACCAGCUCUCCUCCAGAACGGACCAUGUUGGCUCCCUCGAUCCGGCUAAUACCAAACACAGCACUGCAGGGUCUGCUGAGAUCUGAGUACGCUGACGAGUGAGUGAGCGAGCUGGAGGGGAACCGGAGCACCCUGCAAGCUCAGCUGUCUGAUAAGGACGACAGCUACCCUCCCUCCACCGGGUGAAAAAGUUCUUACUUCUUCAUGUUAAACAGUUUUGCACCUGAAAUCGAUCUAGCUUGGUUUGGGGGGAAAUCCAUCUUUUUUUUGCUAGGCCC